CCCCUGCUUGUUACCAGCAUAAACAAGCCGUGAAUACAGGCGGAGGUUAUUCUCGAAUUUAUAAUUAGUUGUUAUUUUGCUGUAUUCUUUUACAAUGGAAAUUCUAGAGCUCUUGCCAUCAAGCUUCGGAUAUGUCAUAUUUACAUACUUUUAUAGCUGGAUCAUGUUGAGUUAUCUUGGUAUUAAGGUUGGAGCUGCCAGAAAGAAAUACGAUGUGAAGUACCCUACCAUGUACAGUGACAAGGAGCAGGUGUUCAACUGCAUCCAGAGGGCCCACCAGAACACACUAGAGGUCUACCCACAGUGGCUUGUGUUCCAAACCAUUGCAGCUCUUGUCUAUCCAACUUCUGCAGCUGUGCUGGGAGCCAUCUGGGUCACCAGCAGGUUCUCCUAUGCCUGGGGUUACUACACCGGAGAUCCAGCCAAGAGGAUGAAGGGUGCCUAUGGGUACAUUGGUUAUUUUGGAGUCAUCAUUCUUUCCAUCGCAGUGGCUUUGCAGUUGCUUGGAGUCUUGUGAGCCAGCUGGUUCUGUCCCCUAUUUGCACUUUUUACUAAAGAAAUAUAUCUCUUGCAAUUGCUUGUGCCUUUUUAUUCAAACAGCCACUAUGAUAUGUAGCUGAAAAAUAUAUUUUCAAUUAUGAUGGUAUUUUAAUUGCUGUCGUCUUACCAGUGUGUAAACAAUUAUAGGCCUAUAGUUAGUUGAUACCGUGAGGACCAUUUAUUGUGAUGUUUUUUUAUAUGAUUAUCAGGCAUUUGUAACCUUUCAUGCCCAUCUACUGACAACGCUAUGUUAAUAAAGAUUAAUGUAAACAUUG